AUGUUGAAGAAAUAUGGAGUACAACAUAGGCUUGGAAUUGGCUAUCACCCUCAAACCAGUGGUCAAGUUGAAGUAUCCAACCGAGAAAUUAAGUCUAUUCUAGAGAAGACAGUUUCAAGGAUAAGGAAAGAUUGGUCCGCUAAGAUUGAUGAUGCGCUAUGGGCAUACCGAACGACUUUUAAAACACCAAUUGGUACAACCCCAUAUAGACUUGUGUAUGGAAAGGCAUGCCACUUACCUUUCGAGCUAGAACACCGAGCCUUUUGGGCUAUUAAAAGUUUGAAUUUCGACGCUCAAGCAGCGGGUGAAAAGAGAUUGCUACAAUUAAAUGAGCUAGACGAGCUCCGUCUUGAAGCCUACGAAAGCUCGAAGUUGUACAAAGAAAAGACCAAAAGGUGGCAUUAUAAGGGUCUUGUGAGAAGAGAAUUUAAGGAAUGA